AUCAUGCCACUUCGUGAGUGGGAUCGAAUCUUGGCAUCAUCUCCUUCUAUGCCUAUGGUCUUGCAGUUCAUGGAUUUGGAGCUUCGACUCUAUGACACGGAUGAUCUCAGGUCUUUAUCUCAAUUCAUAACCUGUUUCCCAGCCCUAGAGCGAUUCACCUUCGGAAGGCAGUACAGAAGCUGGAACAGGAGCGGAUCUUCGGGCGAUGGAGAUAACCUAAACGAGAUUGUUCAAUGUUUAUUCCGUGUCAGAACUUCACUUAAAUAUCUCUGCCUUGAAUCUGCCGGAGAUUGUCGACGAGGUUGUGACGAAAUUCAGUCGCUUGUUGAGUUUAGCAGCUUGGAGGUCAUAGAUGUGGUCGCGUUCGACUUAUGGCUCUAUACCUACGAUAACGGACCAGAUCUUGGGGAUGACGAUAAACCACUCGAUCCUAGAGUUGUACCGAUGGUAGAUCUGCUUCCUCCACACAUUCGACAUCUGUCUCUACGCCUAGGCUCGAGAAUGACUGUGGUUCAUGCUCUUGGUCUUCUUGAAGCAAAGAAGGAACAAAAGCAGGUAUCCUGUCUCGAAACGCUUCAUAUCACUCUCACCGAGUAUAGUCACAGACCUUCCAAGUCUGAAAUAGACGAACUGCUAGAGACUGGUAUCAAGUGUGGUGUCAAGGUUAUCGUAGAGAGGGAAAGUUUGUCGGGAUGCUUAUGGAAAUGGAAGAUUUGAACAACCAUAUUGAAUCCUGGAAUAGGGAAUGUCCGGGCGGUUGGGUACGGGGGAAAACUGCCCUGUCGAUCAAUUCUGGUCACGUGCUGUUGUUUCCAGGGUUAUAUGGCUGUUAGGAGAUGUGCUCCUUGGGAAAGGGAUGAGGUGUAAUAGGCAGAUGCGAGAGAUAGACC